AUGGAUGAAGUGUUGAGCAGUGCUGUGGAGCAGGUGGCCCUGGCCCCCGAUGGCCUCACGCUGGCGCAGCUGUGGGCCGCGCUGGCCGACGCAGCGGAGGAGGCGGGCCUGCAGCUGGAGGCUCCGCCCGUCCGCACCGCCUUGUGGCGCCUCCUGACCGCGGAGCCCGGCCUGCGCUUCACCCUGCCCAGCGCGCGCGCCGGCGGCCGCCGGCUGCGGCCCAGCGCCGACGCCGAGCUGGCGAGCGUGGCGGCGGCAGAGGCGGUGGGGGUGCGCCUGGCUGCUCGACGGGAGCUGCAGGACGCCGCCGUGGGCCUGCACGACUCCCAGCUCACCCGCUUCAACAUGUCAGACACUCAGCGCAAGGCGCUGGGGCUCAUCGGCGCGGCCGGGCGGCGCGGUGCGCUGCAGAACGACCUGGCCGCCGCCCUGGGCACCGAGAACCGCAACUUCUUUUACGUCGUCAAGGUGCUGGAGCAGCGGGGGCUGGUGGUGAAGCACCCCACCUUGGUGAGGAAGCAGAGCGGCGGCGGCCCCUUCUUGUCCCACAUUCAGACCAACCUGCUGCACCUCACCCGCUUGGCGCCGCCCAACGUGGGCAGGGGCGUGCUGACGGACGGCAAGAGCCAAGUGCACGGUGCGCGGCCCGGGCAGCAGGCGGCCCUGGGCGAGGAGGAGCUCGCUGUGUUGGACGACCGCUCCCACUUUGCCCGCGUGUGUGCACAGCUGGCGGCCUGCGCGGGGCAGCAGGCAGACGAGUCGCAGCUCAAGGCGGUGCUCGGCAUGCGGGGCAAGCCGGGACACCGCCUGUGGCGCCGCCUCAAGUCUGCGCUGCUGAAGCGGGGCCAGAUCGAGGAGUUUCUGGCCAGGAACGCGGAUGAUAAGGUCAUCAAGUGCAUCAAGCUCGUGAAGCCAUGGCGUGAUGACGAGUCGGAGUCGGAGGAGGAGGAGGAGGGCGGGGAGGAGGGGCCGGAGGGGGAGGCGGCGGGCGGGCCGCCGCUGGCCAGGCAGGUGGCGGAGCUGUCGCUCGACCGCCAGCUGCUUCGGGAGCUGGUGGCAGCAGGGCCCGAGGGCCUGACCACUGGCCAGGUCAACGCCGCCCUGCGCCUCAACAUGAAGCGCAACGAGACGCGGAUGAAGGAGGUGGAGGCGCGGUACGGGGUGCGCAAGCACGCGGUCAAUCAGGGCCGAGUCAUGACCUCCCGCUACAUCGCCCCGGAGCCGCUGCUGCGCCAGUUCCGCGACACCGUUGCGCCGGUGCGCCCCGCCGCGGGCUGGCUGGGGGCGGUUGUGGAGGCCAUUGAGGCGGGCCUAGACGAGGGGGAGCCCUUCCCCUGGCCUGCGUGGGCGCAGCAGGCGCAGCAGGCGCGGCAGGCGCAGGGAGAGGGGGCGACGGCUGCAGCCGCGGAGGGGCGCGUGGCUGCGCCUGCCGGCCUGCCGCUGCUGGGCGUGCAGCAGCAGCAGCAGCAGCAGCAGCAGGGGGAAGGGGAGGAGCAGGCUCAGAUGCAUGCCCUGCUGCGCCAGUUUGGCGUGGGCAGCCAGUUUGGCGUCAGCGGCGCCGCGGCCGCCGCGGCGCAGGCGGCUGCCGCCACUGCAGGCCCCGCGCCUGCAUCAGCGGGGGGAACGGCAGCUGAUGACCAGGCCGGCCAGGGGCAGGGGCAGGGGCAGCCGCUGCUGAUUGCGUCGCAGGCGCUGUCCCUGCCUGGCGCCGUCGCACAGAGCGGCGCCCCUGGCGGCGAUCGGGAUGCAGGCACUCAGGGAUCCCGCCGCUACACGCUGGCGACGCAGCAGCGGCACCAGUGGGUCCAGGAAGCCAUUCGGGACCACGGCUUCAUGCUGGCUUCCGAGAUGCCACGGUACCUCUUGGAGCGGACGGUGGCGGAAGGGGACCGCAAGGCGAGCAUGCCUGACCGCAAAACCUGCGACCGCAUGAUCAAGCUCGGCCAGGAGGAGGGCAGCUGGCAGGUCCUGUCAAUCACCUUUCCUGCCAGCGCCUUUGGCGCAAUGCAGAACCGCACGCACACGGUGCUGGCGGCGCCGGGGGCGCGCCAGGACGAGGCUUUUGUGGACGCGGUGUACCAGCACUUCCUGUCCUUCAAGCGUCGCAUCCACGGCGGGAGCUCCCUGGCCAAGCAGGCGGACCGGCAGGAGCAGCAAGGCAUCGAGCUGCCGGUGGUGGCGGUGCAGCGGCUGGUGCGGCGGCGGCGCGGCAGCCGCGGCGGCGGCGGGCGCGGCGAGGGGGAGGAGGAGGAGGAGGAGGCGGCGGACGGGGAGGGCGCCCUCGGCGGCGGCAGUGGGGAAGAGGAGGAGGGGUUGGUGGAUGUGGGGCCCCGGGCCGAUACCCUGCGGCUGAUGGUUUCAAACGGCUACCUGGCUCACCGCAUGCAUCGCCUGCGCAUUGUGCAUAGCGUGGCGUGCCAGCUGGCGGGGCUGCUGCCCGGCGCCGGCGCCGCGGCCCAGGCGGACCAGCAGCAGCAGCAGCAGCAGCAGCAGCAGCAGGAGGGCGAGGGCUGGCAGGCGGCGGACGCAGAGGGUGGGGCAGCACCACAGGAGGAGCGUGUGUUUGUGAUGACGGCUGCGCCCGGGGCGGGGCCCUUGAUGCGGGUGGUUGACGGGGCGGCGGUGUGGGAUGCGAUGACCGUGCAGCAGUUCCUGCAGGCCAUCGGCAGCACCAGCGAGCAGGCAGAGGAGAUCAGCCAGCUGGCGGCCUCGGGCCGUACCCUGGGCCAGCUGAGCCCCCAGGAGGCGGAGGCACUGUGCUGCGGCGGGUGGGACAGCGGGGAGCGGGCGCGCUGCCAGGCCCGCUUCAUGCAGCUGCUGGACAUCGGGUACCGCAUGGGACUGCUGGCUUCAGUGGUCCCCGUGGGCGCCACCGGCAGCAUCCACCCCUCCUUUGCCAGCCACGCCGCCGCCGCCGCCUCCCGCUUCGCCGUGGCCACCCGGCUGCUCAUCCAGGAGCCCGCGCCGCAGGGGCCGCCCGACGAACAGGCGGCAGCCGGGGCGGGCGCCGCUUCUCCGCCGCCCUCACCUGCCCACAUCACCGCCAUCUUCGACCUGGAGGCAGACGCCGCGGCGGCAGGCGCCUACUGGUACCACCUGCACUGGGUGGUGUCCCGCCACGGCUCCUUCAGGGCCGCCACCAGGCAGGACCAGCUCCUGGCCAGCUGCUUCCCAUUCGACCGAGCGCCCGAGGCCUCCUUUGAGCGAGCCUACGGCCAUCGCAAGGAGGUGACCCGGGAGCAGGUGGCGCAGUUGGCGGCGUACCUGCAGGGCGAAGAUGUGAAGGGGAUGGGCAGCGAGCGGUGCCGCCAAGUGGCGGAGCAGCUGGGGAUGCCGUACCAGGCGGUGCUGACGUUUGUGCAAGAGCACAGCCGGCGCCCCUCGCAGCGCCUGGGGGCGCUGGCGCACUCCCGCGGCAGGCGGUCGGCGGGGGAUCCUGCGGUCGACGUGGCCACCCUGAUAGAGCGGAGGAAGGACUACCGGCGGCGGUACUACCUGAAGAAGCGCAUGGAGAAGCUGGCGGCGCAGUAUCCAGACGGUAUCCCGCCGCACAAGCUCCCCGCCAGGUCCUACGCUUCCAGCGGCCUGCCGCGCGAGAAGGCGCGGGGCAAGCGCAGGGCGGGAGGGCAGGAGGCGCUGCUGCCGGCGGGAGACGAGGAGGCAUCCGAGGGGGCGGAGGCAGAGGAGGAGGGCCCGGUGCGUGUGGACCAUUCGGUGCUGCUGCCGCAGCCCGCGGAGCGGCCAGUACCGCUGCGCAAGCAGAAGUGGCACCAGUUCGAGGACCGCGAGCUGCUGACGGCGUGGGCGGGGUGGCGUGUCGCCUACGGCCCUGAUAAGGUGCUGCUGUGGCGCACCGUGCCCGGCCGCCCGCCCAACCUCAAGCACGCCACCCUCAAGCGCAGGCACGCCGGCCGGCCCGGGGCGGUGCUGCGGGAGCUGCAGACGCAUGAGGAUGUGAGGGAGGCAGUGGCACAGAUAAGGUCUCUGGCCCUGAGGCUGCACGCGCUGCUCCUGCAGGCGGCAGCCGAGGCGCGGCAGCGGCAGAAGCAGGAGCAGCAGGAGCAGCAGGCGCAGCAGGAGGAGGGCGGGGAGGGCGAGGGGGCGGCCACAGGCGCCGGCGCCGCCCCAAGGGCCGGCGGCAAGCGCGCGGGCGGCGCGGCGCAGGCGCCGGCGGCGAAGCGGGCUCGCGGCGAGGCCGCACGCGCGGCGGGCGCGGCCGCUGCCGACGCCGACGAGGGCGACCCGGCGCAGCCGGCGCUGUCCAUGCUGCAGCGCCUGCUUCCUGCCGGCUUCCAGCGGGACAUGGCGGCGGCGGCCAGGGAGGAAAGCACGGCGGCGCUGGCUAGUAUGGCGGCCCUUGUAGAGCAGGCGGUGGCUGCGGCUCCCAAGCAGUUCAAGAAGAAACAGGCGCGGCGCCCCGCGGCCGCCGCCCCGCGGGAGACGAGCGGCCACCCUCGCCGCCCCGGCCCCAAGCCGCUGUCUGCUGCGGCCGCGGCGGCGCUGGCCGCCGCCGGCGGCACCCACGUCGCCGCCCGCCCCGCGGCCCUGCUCAAGCGGUGGGCGGCCGCGCUGCGCGGCGGCGGCGGCGGCGGCCUGGACGGCAGCGGCGCGGGCGAGGCCGCGGGCGCGGCGCAGCCGCCGGGGCCGGCGGUGACCGCCGCUCUUGCUCUGGCAGAGUCGCUGCUGUUCCUGGGGGCCGAGACGGGCAUCUUGGGCACGGGGUACGAGACGGCGCUGACGGGGCGCUUUGCCGCCGCCGACAUCCGCCGCGCGUUUGAGCUGCUGCGGCGGCAGGGCGCGCUGGUGCAGCCGGGGCCGCGCGCCGCGCGCCAGAGCCUGCACCUCAGCGACCGCUGGCGCGCGCAGCUGCAGUCUGCUGGCUUUCCUCCCUCCAUUUUCGAAGAGGCGGCAGCGGCGGCAGGCGCGCUGCAGAAGCACCGCCGGUUGGACGUGCCGGCGGCGGCGUCGGGCGGCGCGGGCGCGGCGGAGGAGGGCGUGGCCGCGGAGCAGCAGGGACAACAGCCGAGCGGGGGCGGCAGGGUACCUGGCGGUACCGUCGCGGAGCUGCUGGGGCGCAUGGCAGCGGGACGGCUGGUGCUUCGGCCUCACAAGGUCAGAGCAACCCCUCGGCUGUCGGCAGCGGCGGCUGCGGCUGCAGACAGCGGCGGGCCCGCCAGCCUGGAGCAUUACACUGCCGAGCUGGACGUGAAGGUGGCGGUACGGGCAGCGGCGGUACCGUCAGCGCACCAGCCGGCCCCGGCCGCGGGCGGCAGCGAGGGCAGCGCCGCGGGCGGUGGUUGCGCCCCCGCAGCAGCAGCUGCAGGAGAGGAGAGGGCCGAGGCGGCUGGGGAGGCAGAGACGGCGGCUGAGGUGGCGGUGGGGGGGCUGGCAGGAAGCUUGCGGUACACCCGGCAGGACCAGGUGCUGUUCCAGCCUUCCCUGGUGGCAGCCAGCGGCGAGGUGUGUGCACAGGCGCAGGCGGCGUGCCGUGCAGCGGCGGCCGCCGGCGGCGUCGCUGCUGCCGGGGCGUUUGACGCGGCGCUGGCCGCGCUGCGGGAGGCGGGUGCCGCGGGCCUGAGCCUGCGACAGCUGGCCUCGGCGCUGCACCAGGCUGGCGGCAGCAAGGGCGCCGGCGCCGGCGCCGCCCUGCCGGCGCGGCGCCAGGUGGGGCAGCGGCUGGCGGAGCACCUGCUGCUGCACGGGCUGGCCCGAGCCGUGUGCAGCUUUGAGGGCAAGCGGUACGCUGCGGCGGAGCACAGCCAGGCGCUGCUGGCCUUCCCCCACCUGCCGCUGCCGCAGCCCUCGGCGCCCGCGGCCGCGCCGGCGCAGCUGGCGGGCAGCGGCGCGCACCAUCCCCAGCAGCAGGAGGGCGGGCAGCAGGAGCAGGAGGAGGAGCAGGGUGGGCAGGCUGGGGAGCAGCGGCUGCGGGAGUGGCGGCAGUCGAUGGCGAGGGAAGUCGGGCGCCUGGCUGCUGCGCUGGGCCUGCCCGCCGGCGGCCGCCUGCAGCCCUGCCUGGAUGUGCCACUGAGGCCGUGGGUGGACCACCACGGCCGCCUCAACAGCCGGCUGUGGGAGGCGCUCGUACGCAAGGCGCUGGCAGCGGCGGCGCGGCAGCCAGGCCUGCCCGAGGGCGCUUUCUUGGAUGAGCUCAGCGUGGUGGCGCCGCAGCACGCCCGGGAGCUGCUGCGCACCCUGGAGGCGGCGCAGCUGCUGAGGGUGCAGACGACGGCGGGCGGCGCCGGCGCCGGCUCGCCCCGCAGCGUGCUGGCUGCCUGCUUUUGGCCUGGAGGCAGCACGCAGGCGGAGGCAGGCGCCGCCGCGGGCCGCGGCGACGACCGCGGCGGCGGCAGCGACGGCAGCAGCGGCGAGGAGGAGGAGGCGCAGGCAGGGCGGCGCCGCUUCUACUUUGCGCCGCCGGCUGCCUGCUUCGGCGCCUCGCGGGUGCUGCCGCCGCAGGCGCUGCUGCCGCUGGCGCCGGCGCCCGGCCGUGGCUAG